CUAAUUUCUGUCAAGUACACACUGAAAUUUGUUGAAAUAAUUAUUACCAAAUUGAUACCAAUUUAUACAAUAGUACUUACCUUCCGAAAUUCCCGGUUCAUUUGAUACUGGCCUAUUACCAUGCAUCGAUGGUUCUUUGCCAACGAGCGGGAGGAGUGUGAGCGAAAACCGGAGGAAGACGGUCCUAGUAGCGCUUCGGAGACACAAGAGCCACCACCUCCACCACCAGUUCCGACUACUGAGUGGCCCUUCUGUGUAGUCUUUCACAGUUCACUAAACGGUAAUGAGUAUGUUGCCAUUAGUGGCAACUGUCCCUCUCUUGGAAACUGGGAUCCCAAGGAGGUGUACAUUUUGGCCAAGAAUGACUGCAUUAGCUGCCUAUGCAAUUGCCGUCAGUUUGAGGCAAGCUUAGAGAUACCGCGUAACAUCGACAUCCACUAUCGGUACUGCGUCGUGAUCCACGAUCCCGAGACGGAUGAGGUGUAUAUACGCUUCUGGGAGUCCCAAUUAUAUCCCAGAGUGAUUCGAACUUGUCAGAACAUGCUGAAGAACUGCGACGUCUUUGGAAAACCACACGACGAUGAUGAAGCGAACCAGGUGGAUCGCGGCUGGGCCACCACAGAGACAAUUGUGCACCUGAAGAUCUUCAAUGCUCCAUUCUGUUGGCAACGUCAGAAACCGAGGCUCCUGUAUGUCCAUGUGCAGCCCAUGUUUGAGGUGCCGGAGAAUCCUUGUAACGAACCAGCCAAUCCCAUCAAAAUGGUUUCGUCGCAAACACGUUUAUCGCGUUAUCUGAGCACCCGGGAAAUUAAGGCAGGGAACCAGUAUCUUCAAUUGGCACAAGUCGAGGUGACCAAUCUAUGUGUCCAAAAUGCUUUGGCCGCGCAGCAACGAUUUGGAGCCAGAUGUGGGCCGAAGGAUAUGGAGCUAUUUCAUUGUUCCAUCGCUUUUCCGGAGGAAACGCUCUACCGACUGGAUUUGUACACAUACGCGCAUAAAGCAGGCUAUGAUGAACCACCGUAUCAUUACGGGUACGGAUUCCUGAUGCCAGAUCAGCUGCUGGGCACCGAAGGCUCUGCCCGGGUGAAGAUCACUUGCGCCUCCACCCACCGUCCACUAAUGGAGAUGUGUGUACGCUAUCUAAUAAUUCGACCUUUGCCAAAUUUCCGUUGCGAUUUGAGCCACAGCUACGAGCGUUACUGGCGCAAAAAUCGCCUAUGCAUGAACAUCGGGCACAAAGGAUCGGGAAAUACGUACCGGUUAGGAUCCGAUGUGGUAAGGGAGAAUACCUUGUAUGGUUUCAAGCAGGCUGUUUUGGCCAAUGCAGACAUGGUGGAGAUGGAUGUCCAGCUCACGCAGGAUGCCCAGGUGGUGGUGUAUCACGAUUUUGUACUGCGAUUUAUGUUGCAGAGAAUGCCUAGUUUUGAGGAUCUUCUGGAGAAUCAGGAUCUGCUGAUAUUUGCCUACGAAAAUCUUAACAAACUAAUGCUCCUCGCUAUGGGAGGAUCAAAACGAAAAGACCUCAUUGCCGUUCCCCUGGAGGCAUUUUCCUACGAUCAACUGAAGGAGGUGAAGGUCCUGCGAUUCGCUGGCAGCAAAGGCUGCGAUAAGUCCUGUGAUCGAAUGCUGCUGGAGCAGCGCCCCUUUCCCCUGCUCCUCGACCUCCUGGAUGAGGAAAAUCUACCCGUCGACAUGGGCUUCCUAAUCGAGAUCAAGUGGCCGCAGAUGACCAAUAUGCGGCGUUGGGAGAGCGGCAGCUUUAAGCCCACGUUCGAUCGAAACUUCUAUGUGGACACCAUAUUGGAGAUUGUUUUAAAUAAGGCUGGAAAGAGGCGCAUAGUCUUUUGCAGCUUCGAUGCCGACAUCUGUGCCAUGGUUCGGUUUAAGCAGAAUGUAUAUCCCGUGACUUUACUACUGGAGGAUCCGCACUCGCCGGUUCAGUAUGCAGACCAAAGGGUAAGCGUGCAGGAUGUUGCCGUGAGGUUUUGCAACAGUCUGGAGUUCCUUGGGCUGACCCUUCAUGCUAACUCACUGCUGAACAAGCCCUCGACUAUGGCAUACCUGCACCAGAUCAAUCUGGACGCUUUUGUUUAUGGUAGUUCCACCAUUGACCUGGAGAUCCGCAAUAAGCUAAAGAAGCACGGAGUGCUGGGAAUAAUCUACGAUCGUCUCGACCAACUGGACCAAGUGGGCGAAGAGCUGGAGGGGGACACCAUGUGCACCAUUGAUUCAGUGACCACAAGGCGCGUGAUCCAGGAGACGGAGGUGGAGGAGUGGAUCCAGAAGUGUGGCUACAAGCCGGAAACUUCCAUCGUCGUACAUAACAUUUACAUCGACUGAUGGUUUUCCCCACGUUCUGUUUUUGCCCCGGUGCCAAAUAAAGUAUAGAAAGUUAUGUGCCCCGUG